UCCUCAGCGACACCUUUCAUUUUUGUUGAGCUCAAGCUCAGGGACUACGAAUUGUACUCACAUUCUAACAAUUUCACGGGAUUUCCAAACAAAAACGCGUCCAAAUAAAAGGGAAAAGGAAUCAAUCAAAUCAAACAGAGAAUAAAUUCGCCAGCUGAAAAGGCUCACGAGCUGACCUAGCAAUCAGAAUUCGGGCUGGAGGAGAGUGAGGAGAGGAAUCGGGUUCAUGGAAGCGAGCGGAAGCGGGGGGCUCCCAAAUUGCUGCAAGAAAGCCCUAGCUUCGGUGCCCGAGUCCGAGGCCAAGCUUCAUGCAACCGUUGUCUCGGGCUGGCUCUCGGAAUCUCGGUUGCCAUCUGAUAAGUCUCCGAAGAGUUUGUACUAUAACAAUCCAAUGUGGCCGGGGGAGGCUCAUUCAUUGAGAGUGGAACAGAUUCUAUUUCAGGGGAGAUCAGACUACCAAGAGAUAUUGGUUUUUGAGUCAUCAACUUAUGGAAAAGUGCUUGCACUUGAUGGCAUUGUUCAGCUGACUGAAAAAGAUGAAUGUGCCUAUCAAGAGAUGAUCUCCCAUCUUCCUCUUUGUUCAAUUUCAUCGCCAAAAACUGUUCUGGUUAUAGGAGGUGGUGAUGGUGGAGUGCUUCGGGAAAUUUCUCGACACGGUUCUGUGGAGAAAAUUGAUAUAUGUGAAAUAGACAAGUUGGUCAUAGACGUUUGUAAGAAAUAUUUCCCCGAGUUGUCCAUUGGGUUUGAGGAUCCUCGAGUUCAACUUCAUGUUGGUGAUGCUGUGGAGUUUCUUAGGAAUGCUCAGGAAGGGAUGUAUGAUGCAGUUAUUGUUGAUUCAUCUGACCCAAUAGGACCAGCUCAAGAGCUUGUUGAAAAGCCAUUUUUUGAAACAAUUGCAAGGGUAUUACGGCCUGGUGGCGUGCUUUGUAACCAAGCCGAAAGUAUGUGGCUCCAUACACACCUUAUUCAGGAUAUGCUCUCCACCUGUCGCGAAGUCUUCAAAGGUUCUGUACAUUAUGCCUGGACAAGUGUGCCUACUUAUCCCAGCGGUGUGAUUGGAUUUUUGUUGUGUUCUACGGAUGGUCCACCUGUUGAUUUCUUGAACCCAGCAAACCCAAUUGAAAACCAGGAGGAAGCAUUAAAAUCCAGGAGAGAACUUAAAUUUUAUAAUUCAGAGAUGCACAAGGCUGCGUUUGCUUUGCCAACAUUUGUAAAGAGGGAGCUGGGCAUCCUAAAGAAUUUCCCAGUUAAGCGGAAGCCAUCUGAUGGUUCGAAGGAGAAGAUGAACGAAGAACCAGAAAAUUGACUCUCAAUAGUCACCAUAUGAAUCUGCAACAGACUGCUAAAAGCUAACAAUUCAUGCCUAGUAGAAAAGGUGUGUCGAGAAGGAAUGUCGCUGUUACUUAUUCUAAUAAAAACUGUUUUUACGAGCCGACCCAGUUAGUAUUGUUGUGUGAUUUAUGGCUCCUUGUAUGUGCGACCAGUACAUUAAUUUCGGAAGAAGAAGAAUAAGAUUAUUUUCAGCUCUC